GAAGUGAGGCGCUUGCAGCUAACAGCUUUGCGGUGCAAGCAUGGCUAUCCUAUUUGCUGUUGUUGCUAGAGGAACCACCAUACUUGCAAAACAUGCUUGGUGCGGUGGGAACUUCUUGGAGGUGACGGAGCAGAUCCUAGCAAAGAUCCCAUCUGAAAACAACAAACUCACUUAUUCCCAUGGAAGCUAUUUGUUUCAUUACAUUUGCCAAGACAGAAUAAUAUACCUUUGUAUAACUGAUGAUGACUUUGAGCGUUCCAGAGCAUUUAAUUUCUUGAAUGAAAUUAAGAAGCGGUUUCAGACAACAUAUGGAUCAAGGGCACAGACAGCACUUCCCUAUGCCAUGAACAGUGAAUUUUCUAGUGUGAUUGCAGCACAGUUGAAAUACCAUUCUGAAAAUAAGAGUAUUGAUCGUGUAGCAGAGACCCAAGCACAAGUCGAUGAACUUAAAGGAAUUAUGGUCCGAAAUAUAGAUCUGGUUGCCCAAAGAGGAGAACGGUUAGAGCUACUGAUAGAUAAAACAGAAAGCCUUGUUGAUUCUUCUGUCACGUUCAAGACCACAAGCAGAAACUUGGCCAGAGCUAUGUGCAUGAAAAAUUUGAAGUUGACCAUCAUAAUUGCUAUUGUAACCAUAGUUAUCAUCUACAUUAUUGUGUCAGCAGCAUGUGGGGGACUGUCAUGGCCAAGCUGUGUGAAUAAGUAGUGUUUUCUAGUGCAUGAGGAUUGUCCAAGAAUGAGGAAAAUAGUGCACUACUGUUUCACAUGUGUAGCAUCCUGUAGAAAAGAGACUUUAAAAAGAAGCCUUUUCCCUUGGACGCGAUGACUUAUCCUCUUCAUUAUUCUCUCAUCCUUCCAUCCCUAGUGGACUUCUACUGUAUCUCUCUACGACAUAUACAAGGGAAAAGGAGGAGUGUGCGGCAUCAUCUUGUGCAGACAGUGAGUUGGAAGAGAAAUUGGUGAAUACAGAUCGGCAUUUCUUCUUUUUGUUGAUUUUUUUUUUUGUCAGUACUGUGCCACUGAUAAUACUCAUUAACUUCCAUGACUUGUAUCUGCAAAGAGUUUGCGUUUUUAGUCUUAACUGAAAACUUUUUUCCUUUCACUUUUAACCCUGUUCUUAGAGAAAUAUUCAUUUUGUGGCUGGUGCCAUUUGGGCAUAUUGCAUUGGAUGCUUUGGAUUAUGUGUGUCAUUUGGCACCUUUGGUUGGUUGACCCACUGUAAUAUACUGUUUGCCAUACCCAAUUCCAUGUGCCUCAUUUAGACACACAUUUUCCGGUAGUUCAUGUUAAAUUGUUAAAAUGUAUUAAGAUUUUGUUCUCAUUCCAAGAAACUGUUUUUAUCGUUGUAUACCCAGUAGUGGGAUAGACUAAUAUUUCCCAGAAAUGUCAAAAAUCUUUAAGGCACUUCUGAUCAACAGAAAGAAAACGUAUUCUCAUAAAAUAUAUAUAUAUAUAUAUAUAUAUAUAUAUAUAUAUUAUGUUAAUUUUUUUUUUUUGACAGGCCCUCGUUGUUAAUGUUUGUAUGCAUUUGUGUCUGAAAUGAUGCCAGGCUGUGAAGCUACUUGAAAAUCAAAAAUUCUUUACACAUGCCAUUGGAAGUUAGACUUCUUUUGUUUCACUGUUGAGGGCUAAGUGUUCUUGCACCUCUGAGGGUCAUUGAGAAAAUAUAUGAUCCCAUCCACUGAGUUUACUGCUGACUAUUAAGACCCAGCGAAAUCAGGCAUCAGCUGAUGGCACACAUGCCUUAUUUCCUGCUGGCAUUUUUCUACUGGCAGAGAACUGCCCAAACCUGACUGUGAAAGCCUCCACUGACAGGUUCAGACACUUUUCAGCCAGUUGCAAAAAGGCAGCAGAGUAUUGACCACAUGUGCCAUUAGGCUAGGGCUUAAUGCUUGCAUUUUAUUAUAGCACUAUUAAAAGACAAGCAUGCCUAAGAUAACUUGGAAUGAAGCUGACAUAAUCCAUGUUUGUUUUAGUCUUUCAUAUAUCCUGUUGUGUUUCUAUCUUAAAGUUACCAGUUUAACAAGCAGAUUUGUAAUGAGAGCUUAUAGAAAGAACUUUACUUGAUUGCUUAGCACUUUUACGACCAGUGUAUAAUGGGAGAUUAGUGAUCCUGCGUAUCAAAGUUGCAAAAGGAUGAGCACGAGUCGGGAUGGCAAACCUUGACUUCUUUGAGUGUAAUAAGCUGGAAAGCUGUACUAUGUGCAAUAUAUAUAUAUAUAUAUGUGUAUGUGUGGCUUGCUGCAUGUAUUGUUUGUGUAAAUGGCAAAACCACCCAGAAAUAUUCAAGCAAACUCAGAUUCUAAAAAUUCUAAUUAUCUGUCCACAUGUAUAUUUCUGUGUUUAUGGACCCCCUCCUUUUUUUUUUUUUUUUAAACCUAAAAAUGUGUGUGUGUGUGUAUGAAAGGUCACUGGAUUACAUUACAUUUAAUUACAUUAAAAAUCACAUCAUAAUCUUUGUGAAAUCCUGCAAAUGGGACAGACAUGAUUUAAUGUACAUAGAAACAGUACUGAAAUAAACAAUAGCACUGUGUUUAUCACUCAUCUUUAUGUUUUUGUCUUAAAACCAAAACAAAGUUAAAGCAAUUGCAGGGAUGGUAUUUUGAGAAAAGUUGUGAUGUCUUCAUUUUUUUGUUUUUUUAAUUAAUCCACUAUAAGUGGCUAUCUGGGUGGGUUUUUUUUGAUGCGGCCUUUAGUUUACCCUUUAGCAAGAUAUUAUGGGUAGGUAUGUUGAUAUGCUACUUCCAUUUCAGCUCCUCUCAUACCUAGAAUUAAUCUUUCCUGGUUUAUUUCUGCAUUUUGCAAUGGCAUUGGGGUGGGUGUGGUUUACGGAUUCCCCUGUUACAGUGUUUGCAAGAGACACAGCAGUUUUUCUAUUGCAGAUAAAAUACAAAAAUGCCAGUUUAUGUAGUAGAAUUCCAGAGAUAAUGAAACAGUUGUAAUUGCAAAUCUUUCCUGCAGUCAGGUAACACACAGUUAGCUAAACACAUCUACACAAAUAUAUUAUUUAAAUCACUUCUCCUUUAUCUUAAAGUACUGGAGCACUGCUUUUUAAACCAGUCUUUUUGUAAACAGUGAGAUUUGCCAGGACACUAGUCACCUUUAUUAGUAUGUGCACAGUACUCUGAUUACUUUACCUGCCAUAUAUGUUGCAUUGUUUGGACUUCCUUCUAGACAGUUGCACAGAGGAAUAAAGACUAGUGCAGGCCUGGAAGGAUAGAGACGGGAUUUGCCAGUCCAGUAUAUGCACAACUUCUGCAGUAUUUUUCAGAAGAAUAUAAUCACUACUAACAUGCGCCAUUGGCUAACUGGAAACCAUGGCUGCUCUUUCUGCUGCUGCCAGGAGCCUCCUGUUCUUAUUUAUAAGCCAAUGUAAUAUUGUAGAUGCUGUGACUUUCUCUAGCUUCUAUGGAAGAAAUGCCUCUCUGUCUGCUCUAAACAGUAACGCUCUUUGGGUGUUAACUCUCAUUCUGGGUACUACUUUUAGGAAUACGGAGUCAGAACAAUUUAUGACAAUUUAAAGUUGGACUUUGGUUUUGGAUUUCCUGGUGUGAAUAUUUAAUUCCAAACAGCUGUGAUUCUAGUCCACUUAUUGUGGUGCUUGCCAAUCAAAUGAAGGAUUGUUAAUAAAGUAACCUAUAUACCAAA